GUCCCCAUCACAGCUAUCAUAGCUCAAACCCGCGCAAUCAACCCGCCUCCAUGUCUAUCUCUCCUUCUCUCCUACGUCCUCCAUUCUCAUCCGUCAACACAUCGGCAUCUUCUUGGAGAUUUCAUUACGUUGCCAUAUUCCUUUAAGCCAUUGAUCGUCAUUCCUACCUCUCUUAGUCUUCCUUUCCACUACUACACAAGUUGCCCAUCAUGAAGGGAGCUCUGCUUACCGCGGCAGCUGUGCUGCUUGGCUCUGCCGAGGCCGGAGUGCACAAGAUGAAGCUCAAGAAGGUCCCCCUGUCGGAUCAGCUGGAGAACAUCCCCAUCGACACCCAGAUGCAAGGACUUGGCCAGAAGUACAUGGGCGCUAGACCCGAGAAUCAUAUCGAGGCCAUGUUCAGCCAGCAGUCACCCAUCAACGCGGACAAGAACCACCCUCUCCCCAUCAGCAACUUCCUGAACGCCCAGUACUUCUCUGAGAUCUCCAUCGGCACGCCGCCCCAAGACUUCAAGGUCAUUCUCGACACUGGCAGCUCAAACCUUUGGGUUCCUUCCCAGUCUUGCGGCAGCAUCGCUUGCUACCUCCACUCCAAGUACGACUCGUCGGCCUCGUCGACCUUCAAGAAGAACGGCUCCGAGUUCGAGAUCCGUUACGGAUCUGGUAGCUUGAGCGGCUUUGUCUCUCAGGACACCGUCGCUAUUGGCGACCUAAAGAUCAAGGGCCAAGACUUCGCUGAAGCCACCAACGAGCCCGGUCUGGCCUUUGCCUUCGGCCGGUUUGACGGCAUCCUGGGCAUGGGCUUUGACCGCAUCUCGGUGAACGGCAUCGUCCCGCCUUUCUACCAAAUGGUCAACCAAGGCUUGAUUGACGAGCCCGUCUUCGCAUUCUACCUUGCUGAUUCCAGCGACGAUGACUCGGAGGUCGUUUUCGGUGGCGUUGACAAGGACCACUACACGGGCAAGAUCACCGAGAUUCCCCUGCGCCGUAAGGCUUACUGGGAGGUCGACUUGGACUCCAUUUCAUUCGGUGACGAGACGGCCGACCUCGAGAACACUGGUGUCAUUCUGGACACCGGUACCUCUUUGAUCGCUCUUCCCACCGAUCUGGCCGAGCUGCUCAACAAGGAGAUUGGUGCUAAGAAGAGCUACAAUGGACAGUACACUAUCGACUGCUCUGCCCGCGACAACCUACCCGAUGUCAGCUUCAAGCUGAGCGGCUACGACUUUGCCAUCACCCCCUACGACUACAUCCUUGAGGUCCAGGGAAGCUGCAUCUCGACCUUCAUGGGCAUGGACUUCCCCGCCCCCGUUGGCCCCCUUGCCAUUCUCGGCGAUGCAUUCCUGCGCAAGUGGUACUCUAUCUACGACCUCGGCAAGGGCACUGUCGGCUUGGCCAAGGCCAAAUAGGAUGUGAUUCCAAUGUUCGACUUCUAUCACAGGAGUUGCGUCGGGGCCUGGAGAACGCUAUGAGAUUGCACCAACUACUAGGUUUUUUGAUUCGACAAAUUAGGCGCGUAUCAGAGUGAAUAGGGGUCUGAAGCUUGAACUGAGUGCACACCAGAUAUUGAAACCAAAGAAUGGUUCUUGCAUGGUUAUUGGAGAUCUAAUUUGCAUUAGUGAUGACUGGACUCGACAUGUACAAUACAACCACCAUACGGGCCUUUUUUUGCACCCAUACUCGACUCCCCAUUUGAUGUGUGAACGUGCUAUUGUAGCUUUCAGGUGCG